ACCGCUUCCCAACAUAAUUCCCCAUCAUCUUCCUCUCACUACUCUGCUACUACCUCCGCCUCUCUGCUCUCUGUCUCUCUCUCUCCCUCCCUCCUGCAUUCACAGCACAGGACCUCCAUUAUCUACCUCUUCCUGUCACCACACACACUCACCCACAUCCUUCUCCCUGCCCCUCUCCUUCCUUUAAAUCUUGUCCUCGCACACCCCAACACACCAAACGUCCCUCUCUUUAUCUUCUUCUUCAAUGGCGCCAUCCUUCUCCUUCUUUCUCCCAUUUUUCUUAGCCUUAGUAUCCCUACUACUAGUAUUUGCUUCUGCUUCUUCCGAUUCUGAAACGAAAACCUUCAUUGUUCAGGUCCUGCAUGAUGCUAAGCCUUCCAUUUUCCCUACUCACAGACACUGGUACGAGUCCUCCCUCGCUUCCAUCUCUGCCCACAGUUCGUCUUCUGAUCAGACGAGUGGCAUUCUCCACACUUACGAAACGGUGUUUCACGGUUUCUCUGCAAAGCUUUCACCUUUAGAGGUUCAGAAGCUUCAAUCCCUCUCCCACAUAGUCGCCGUCAUACCCGAGCAGGUUCGCCAUGUGCAGACCACGCGUUCCCCUCAGUUCUUGGGGCUCAAGACGCCCGACAAUGCUGGUUUGCUCAAGGAGACCGAUUCUGGGUCGGAUCUUGUAAUCGGUGUCAUCGACACUGGUAUUUGGCCCGAGAGGCAGAGCUUCAAUGAUCGCGACCUGGGCCCUGUUCCCCCAAAGUGGAAGGGGCAGUGCGUCGCCGGGAAAGACUUUCCUGCGAGCUCUUGUAAUCGGAAGCUGAUCGGAGCUCGGUACUUCAGUAACGGGUAUGAAGCUACCAACGGGAAGAUGAACGAGUCGUCGGAGUAUCGUUCGCCGAGAGACUCUGAUGGUCACGGGACUCACACAGCUUCGAUUGCCGCCGGGAGGUACGUUUUCCCAGCGUCGACACUCGGCUAUGCUAAGGGAAUGGCGGCCGGAAUGGCUCCGAAGGCUCGACUUGCCAUCUACAAAGUCUGCUGGGCAGGUGGUUGUUAUGAUUCCGACAUCCUCGCCGCAUUUGACGCCGCCGUUGCCGAUGGUGUCGACGUGGCCUCCCUCAGCGUCGGAGGCGUAGUUGUACCAUACUUCCUUGACGUCAUUGCCAUUGGCGCAUUCGGAGCCUCCAGCGCUGGUGUUUUCGUCUCUGCCUCAGCCGGCAACGGUGGCCCGGGCGGCCUCACCGUCACCAAUGUCGCCCCAUGGGUCACGACAGUCGGCGCCGGAACCAUAGACAGAAGCUUCCCUGCCGACGUUAAGCUCGGAAACGGGAAAAUCAUCCCCGGGGCCAGCAUAUAUGGAGGACCGGGUCUAACUCCCGGUCGGAUGUACCCUAUUGUGUAUGCCGGUUCAGAAGGAGGCAGCGAUGGUUAUUCCUCUUCACUCUGCUUGGAAGGCUCAUUGGAUCCGAACUUUGUAAAGAACAAAAUCGUUGUAUGUGACAGAGGCAUCAAUUCGAGAGCUGCAAAAGGAGAAGUAGUGAAAAAGGCUGGAGGAAUUGGGAUGAUCUUAGCCAACGGGGUGUUCGACGGCGAAGGACUAGUCGCCGACUGCCAUGUGCUGCCCGCCACCGCCGUUGGUGCCACCGGAGGUGACGAGAUACGAAAAUACAUCUCAGAAUCGUCAAAAUCCCAUUCACUUCCCACAGCAACAAUCGAAUAAGGAACAAAACUGGGAAUCAGAGCACCUGUGGUGGCAUCAUUUUCAGCUAGAGGACCUAAUCCAGAAUCUCCUGAGAUUCUAAAGCCAGACGUUAUAGCUCCAGGGUUGAACAUACUUGCAGCUUGGCCUGAUAAAGUAGGACCUUCUGGGGUUCCUUCAGAUACUCGCAGGACUGAAUUCAACAUUCUUUCAGGUACAUCAAUGGCUUGCCCACAUGUUUCUGGUUUAGCUGCUUUGUUAAAAGCGGCGCACUCAGAUUGGAGUCCUGCUGCUAUAAGAUCAGCCCUUAUGACCACUGCUUAUACAGUUGACAACAGAGGAAACACAAUGCUUGACGAAUCUACUGGUAAUGUUUCCUCAGUAUUUGAUUAUGGGUCUGGCCAUAUCCAUCCAGAGAAAGCCAUGAACCCUGGUUUGAUCUAUGACAUCAACACAUAUGACUAUGUGGAUUUCUUGUGCAACUCGAAUUACACCACACAAAAUAUUCGAGUGAUUACCAGAAAAGGAGCAGACUGUGGCGGGGCUAAAAGAGCAGGACAUGCUGGGAAUCUGAAUUACCCUUCAUUUUCUGCAGUGUUUCAGCAAUAUGGGAAGCAUAAGAUGUCGACACACUUUAUCAGAACUGUGACCAAUGUUGGGGAUGCAAAUUCUGUGUAUAAAGCCACUGUGAGACCUCCCAGAGGGAUGGUGGUCUCAGUGGAGCCUGACACUCUCUCUUUCAGGAGGGCAGGUCAGAAAUUGAAUUUCCUUCUUAGGGUUCAAGCGAGGGCUGUGAAGCUUUCCCCUGGAAGUUCAUCUGUGAAGAGUGGGCAUCUGGUUUGGUCUGAUGGGAAGCACACUGUCACAAGUCCUCUGGUUGUGACAAUGCAACAGCCUCUGUGAAGUAUUAUUCCACCGUACUUCAAAAGACAGAGUGGUGUCCUGUUUUAUGUCUUCAUAAUCAUAAUCCCUGAGGUUUUGUUUUGCAUGUAGAAAUUUUUGGGAUCCUUUUUUCUGGUUAAUAAUUUCUAUCUUAGAAAUGUUAUAACUAGCCAUGUAUAAUAGAGAGUGUGUUUGUCAAGGUUUUCCAUUGUGAGAGGCGUCAUGAUGUAAUAGUAUUAUCCUUCUUUGUAACAUUAAGAAUCAAGUAUCGUGGGAAUCACACUGGCACUUAACCUUGGUUGUGAAGAACUGGUAUUUCAGUUUUUUCCUGGUUGAAGCAAAAUCUAAAGAUUGAGAAAUUUUGACAUUUUUGGCGUUCAUAGUUGAAGUGAUAUGUGGAAGAGAACAUUAUGGUUAUGAUUUUCAAGGUUUUGCAGAAUUAAGAAUUUAAGAAUGGCGUGUGAAAUAGAAGCAGUGUUGAGAAAUGAGAAGAAGACAAGGAUGGUGAUGGAAAGAUGAUGUUAUCUGUGGUGCAUGAGAAUUUCUGUUGGAUUUUGAGACUUUUAUUUAUUAUUUAGUCAAAGAUUUGGUAA